AUGGUUCGUGAUUUCAAUGUGUUUCAUUUUAUUCCUUCUUCCUCUACUUCUCCUCUGCCUCUCGACGAUCCCAGGGAUGUGCUGAAUAGUAUUCACCCUCCAAGGCCAGAUUGGUAUGAGGAAUUAUAUGUAUUUAUCUUGGAUAAGGGCAAUGAAGCAUAUGAGACAGAGGUUGCAGGUUUUAAGUCUCAGAUCUUUACAAAUUUGAGGGGAAAGGCUAAGACAGUGUUGGAGCUUGGCAUUGGGAUAGAUCCUAAUCUCAAAUAUUAUGCCGGUGAUAAUGGUGUUCAUGUUUUUGACAUAGAUCCCAAAAGAAAGAUGAUUCAUGAUGGGACCCCACCACAGCUUGGAAUUCUGGGUUCUCCAUCAUUUGAUCUUGGAAUUUGA